AGAAUUCCAGCUGGUAUUAUUGAAGUCCAAACUGAGACGCAGAGAGAUUUGGUUUGGUAAAUGGUGAUUAUGAAAUAUGAAGAGAAGAUUCCAGAAGACAUAGAAUUUGCUUUGAAGACGUCUCUCUACUCUCUAGAACCUUCUUCCUCCACCGCCAUAAAAACAACUAACACAACUGUUCCGUAACCGUAGCCAUCAAACAGAGAAUGGAAGGAGCAGUUAGAGUGAAGGAAGAAGAAUCGGAACACUCACAACCUCAACCUCGGGAAGGGUUGAACGACGCGUCUCCACCUCCGUUUCUAACGAAGACGUUCGACAUGGUGGAUGACUCUUCCAUUGAUUCCAUUGUUUCUUGGAGCAUUACUCGCAACUCCUUUGUUGUUUGGGACCCUCACAGCUUCUCCACUACCAUCUUGCCUCGCUACUUCAAGCAUUCCAACUUCUCCAGCUUCAUUCGCCAGCUCAACACAUAUGGAUUUCGGAAAGUUGAUCCUGAUCGGUGGGAAUUCGCUAACGAAGGUUUCUUGGCGGGACAGAAACACUUGUUGAAGACCAUAAAGAGAAGAAGAAAUGUAUCUCAGGGAACACAGCAAAGAGGAGGUGGAGGUCCUUGUCUCGAGUUGGGGGAGUAUGGAUUGGAAGGUGAGGUUGAAAGGUUGAGGAGAGACCGGAAUGUGUUGAUGGCCGAAAUCGUGAAGUUGAGGCAGCAACAGCAUAAUUCACGAAAUGAGGUGCUUCUGAUGGAGACAAGGUUGCAAGCCACAGAGAAGAAACAACAACAGAUGAUGACUUUCCUUGCCAAAGCUCUGAACAAUCCAUCUUUCAUGCAGCAUUUGGCUGAUAAGAAUUCCCAGAACACGCAAUUGUUUGGCGUUGAAGUUAAAAGGAAGAGGAGACUAACAGCUAGCCCAAACGUGGAUCCGGUGACAGCAGUAGCAGCAGUGCCUAUUGAAUCAGUAGUGGAGGACUAUCCAAACCACGAACAAGAACUUGCAAAUAUCGAGUUCGAGAUGGAUACAUUUUUCGCAACAUCUUAUGAUACCGAGCCUAACGACGAAAAUAAUGACCCUGCAUCAACAACUUCAGUAUCCGGGGAUACUAUCUUGGAGGAUUUUCUCAAGGAAGAUUUGGUAACUGGGAACCCAAAGGAUGAAGUUGUGAUUGGUGAUUGUUCAAGAACUGAUAUUCCUGCGGAGGAUUUGGCAGCAACGCCUAAGGAUUGGACUGAGGAAUUGCAGGACCUUGUGAGUCAUAUGGAAUAUCUUGGUUCCAAACCUUAGUGGAAUAUGAAAUGAUGAAUAUCAUGGUGGUUUUGGUUGGUAUUCUACUACUCCUGGGCCUUCAACGUCCCAUAUUGCAUCACGUUGGUAUAGUUUGAUUUAUGUUGCCAAUUUAUUUUUAAAUAUGAAACGUUGAAAUUAAUUGAUGAAUUUCAACGGUUUUUGCAUGCAACAGGGGAGAAUGGUAGUUGCUACAAGCAAAGGAACAAGCAGAAAUGGCUCUUCAUUUGGAUCAUUUUAUUAAUUGGAAAACAAGUUUUGUGAAAUAUGCCUAGUGCUAAUGUUGGUAUCGUAUUUUUUAUUCUGAUGAGAUGUCUGCUUUAUUUUGCAGGAUACAUCAAGAGGAUUAAUGCUGCACAAGAAUAAUGGCUGCAUUUUCCAGUGUUUAUGAGGGUGAAAAAAUUAUUAGAUCUUUUUCAAGUUUUCUUUCCAAUGGAAUCAUAUUGGUUCUUGUGCAACUUUGGACUUUAAAAUUUAAAUAUUGUCUCUUAACAAUAAUUGAA